AUGGCGGACGACACCGAAUACACCGAGUCUGAUAUCUGGGCAUCGCCCUCCCACGAUGCUCCGCUAGCUGCUCGUCCAAAAACCCCCAAAACCCCAAAGACACCCAAAACCCCGACGGGUCCCCCUGCAUCAGAGACUGUGAGCCGGGAUGAUCUAUUGCGCAGAGAGUUGGAGGGUGUCAGAAGUGUCAAUGAAGGCAUUGAAGGCCUGUUAGGCACGCUGAAUCGAGCGGGUGGCAAUAUGCAGGUUGUUGCCAAGACUGUCGCCAAUGCGUCAACUUUAUUGAACACGUGGACGAGAAUACUAUCGCAGACCGAACACAACCAGCGCCUAAUCCUUCACCCCGGAUGGAAAGGCGUGACCCAGGACUUGGCUGAACAAGAGGCCGAAGCGUUAGAAAAGCAGCGCGCUGCCGAGCGCAAGGCUGCAGAAGAAGAGCAAAGACGAGAGGAAUUGCGCCGACGAAGAGAAGAGGAAGAGACUGCUAGAAGGCUAGCUCCCUCGACUUCUAGAGGUACACGGGGUUUAAGAAGGACUCGGAGCCGCGGAGGAAUUGCUACUAGAAGUGGCACGACGGGAGGCCGUCUGCCCGAACCACCUACAUCAAGCUCAUCAAGAAGUCGCGGAACUUCAGGGAUAGGCCGUGGGAUACGGUCAACGCGAGGUCGCACACGGGCGACAAGAUGA